GAUGGGAUUGCAGCAUGCCUUGUCAAUUUUAUUGCUAAUAAAUAUCUUUAUUGUCCAUGGGAAGUUAACAGGAGAUCAUAUAUGCCUAACAGAAAAGCUGUAUUUAGCUAAUGUAACAGAGACUUACUUGAAAAAUAUAAUUCUGAGAAACUACAAAUGGUGCUUAAAUUUUCCACCAAGAUGUUCUUUUUACACCACUAAGCAGGUUUCUGCUGUCAGAGUCGUGGAAAAGAAUCAAACCAAAGUAGUUGAAGAGUGCUGUGCCAAUUUUGUAGAAAAAGAUGAUCACUGUAUAUCAUCUUGCCCUAGCUGCAUCAAUGGAAUAUGUGAAAAUGGACACUGCAAUUGUCUAGCUGGCUUUAAAGGAAACAGUUGUGAGCUAGUAUGCAGCAAUGGCGAAUGGGGUCCAAAUUGUGCAAGAACUUGUGAAUGUAACAGCCGUUCUUGUGACUCUAUUAAUGGAGUAUGUAUGGAGCAAAGUUCUAGUAUACCAACCGAAAUUUCUAAGACAUCAACUACACUAUCAACAACUGUAACUAAAUUAACUACAGUGCCAACACUAUCAACAGUGCCAAUAGUAUCAACAUUGUCGACAGUACCAACAAAACCAACAGUGCCAACAAUACCUACAGUACCGACAACAGUAUCGACAAUCCCAACGGUACCAACAAUAAAAACGGUACCAACAAUACCAACUAUAAUACCAACAGUGCCAAAAUUAUCAACAAAGCUAAUAGUGAUAACAGAGGAAAACAUUAAAACAACUAGUACCAUAGCAACGACCACUAAGAAAACGCAAAGUGCAACUGAAGAUAAUGUUGAACAAAAUAUCAACAAAAUCUUAUACCCAAGUGACACAGGUUCUAAAAGCACAACAACGAAUUCUACAUCUGUUUCUGGCACUGUUUCGUUUUCUUCAACAAACAAAACCGUAAGUACAAUAGGAGCAACCGAGCAAACUCCAACUACCGCUGAUAAUUUAUUAGUACCCACAGUUCAUGCAGUGACAAAAAUCUUAUCAUCCACUGAGAAACAGAACCCAACGAUGUCUGGUUUGACUUCACCACCUGUUGGUACAGAGAAAAGCAAGUAUACAACCAGAAUCUUCUCCAACGGCUCUAUAGCAACCAACGACGGUCUUCUGAUCCCAGUGGAAGUAGAAUACGGAAGACUUAAAAGUGAUGUACACGAAAACAACAGCAUCAAACCUGUUGGUAAGGAAGAUUAUCUCAACCGAGAUAUACCUGAGAAUAGAGUGUCUUUCAACGAUUUUGCUCUAUUUGGUAUUACUGUACUGCUAGCACUGAUGAUAGUGGUUGUUAUUUUGGUGGUAAACAUAUUGAGAAAGAGGAAAGUUGAGCAGGGCUUGAAGGCUGAAAAUAAUCAUCAGGUUGCUGUUUUUUCAGCCACUAUAUAUCAUUCAGCUGUACCAGAAAUUGUGGAAUACGAGUAUGACCAUCCGCCAUCUAGCAGCUACAGAACAACCUCAGUGUUUAGAACAAACGAAGUUACAGAGGAAACUAUUCCUGAAUAUCAACCUGAACCUAUAUAUGAUGAAAUUCCAAACAAGGUAUUUGAACCAACAACGAGCAGUAUUUCUCCGACGUCGAUAUAUAUAAAUACAUGUGAAUCAACAAAGUUUUGAUUAAAGUUUUUGUGCCAUUUAUGUUUAAUAAAAAACCAAUAAAGUAA